GGAAGUUGUAGUUACUAAGGCGACGCCAAACUGCUGGCCCAGUUUCAUAGAUGUUCUCAGCGCCACCUUCUGUGAUGACAUCCCCCAAAGGAAAUCGAGCCCAUAAGAUGAAGCUGCCCAUUUUUACCCAAAAGGGGAUGCUGGUAGUGCCAUCCCCAACAGAGAAAGACUGGUCUAAGGAUGAUGAAGACAAUUGCGUCUUCAGUGAUCCAGAGCAAGAGGUGGAUUCCCUACCUCAGCCUUAUCGAAUGAUCAACAAGCUGGUGAACUUUCUGUUUGACCGUUCUUGGGAAAUUAUUGAGGAGAGGGACGUGUUGAGGACAGCUGAGCUCAGCCGGAUCCAGCCUACCAUCUACUCUCCGUUUAUAGAAAGCACGCUCAACAAAAUGCCAAAUUGUAUGGCUGUUUCUCAAGACUAUGUGUUUAUUGGAGGAAUGAAAGGAUUCUCCAUCUAUAAUCUGCACAAUGCUAAAAGAAUAUAUGUUUGGGAGAAACUUAAGGUUGAUGUGACUUCCAUCUGGGCCACAGAUUUGGGGAAUGAAAUACUUAUUGCUCCUGUGGAUGAAAUGGGUAUCGUUAGACUGUUUUAUUUUUAUAAGGAUAGUCUUUUCCUCAUCAAAGCCAUCAAUGAAGUGGAUGAUACCAGCAAGCAAACCACCUGUAUCAAGAUGGAGAUUUCUGAAGGAGGGGACUUCGCAGCCUUCCUUCUACAAGGAGCUGGAGAUAUUUGUCUGGAUGUGUAUAAAUUGCCUAAGGAGUCUUGGCUCAAGGAAGUGGAGUACCCCCAACUCUCUGCAAAUUCAAAGAAAAAAGUCAGACAGCUGCAAAUGAACACUCUUGACCCUGUAAAGACUGAUAGUUUUGAAAUGGAUAUAAACAUUUGUUUUAGAGGAGAUGUUAAACUGAGUCUUCCAGUUCACAUAAUGAAGAUCAAACCACCCAAACCAGUUACAGGUACCACAUUUAAGAGCCCUCUGGAAGUCUUUGCAAAGAUAGAGGACUGCUGCGGGCUGGGCUCCGGGCAGAAUCACUUCAUCAAGGACAGUCAGUGGGAGCAGCAGGUGGCAAUCUUCAACGCCACCUACAAGAAGUACCUGGUUGGGGAGUGGGAGGAGGAGCUGCUCAGUAUGGCUACGUUCCACUUCCUCCUUCCUAGCUUCAUCAUUGCAAUGCCAGCAGAAGUCAAGAACCCACCAGGGGUGGCCUGUGUCCUUGGCGUGCACUGGACUGGAAGUCACAACUUCUUCCUCUAUUCACUUAACCGAACGCUGAAGGAUAAAGUUGACCCCGAGAGCACGUGGCCCUGUGCUGCGCCCAUCACAGUGUCUCAGCUCAGCUGCUGCUGCUCCUACCUGGUGCUGGCCUGCGAGGACGGUGUGCUCACACUGUGGGACCUGGCCCAAGGAUUCUCUCUUGGGGUCAUUGCUCUUCCUGAAAGAUGUCUCUGCCAAAGCAUUCACUUCCUGAAAUACUUCUUAGUCCACAAAGGACAGAACAUGUAUCCCGAGGGGCCGGUGAAAUCCCAGAUGAAGUGUGUGGUGCUGGGCACAGAUGGCUCUCUCUACCUGGUGGCAGCCUCGGGGACCCAAAGACCCACCCUCAGUUUGCUUGUCGAGAGGCCUGUGAAGCACCCAGAGGAAGCCAUCUGUGCAGUGGCCCCAGUCCGAGCCUUACCCGGCAUGGUACUGAUCUUUUCCAGCAAUGGCUCUGUGCACCUCAUGGACGUGGCCACGUCACAGAUUAUCUGUGCCUUUGCUCCGCCCAGAUCCUACCAUCUGGCAGUCCCCUGGAAGCCAGUGUUUGUCGUGUCUUCACACCACCCAUGUUUCCUGCUCCGAGGAGACCAUCCCGAUGAACUCGGAUCCGCCAGCAACGCCGAGGACAUCCCAAAUUCUAUUUUCUAUUUUAAUUUCAAGGCCUGUCCACUCCUAGAAAACAUCACAAGAAAUUGCACCAUUCCUCAAACUGACAUGCUGGAUAACGCGGCUUUCCCCCAGGUGUUGCCUUUGGAGAAAAGAUGCGAGAAUUUCUUCCAGAAGAGGCUUCAGAAGCUGGAGAAGAACAAAGCGAAAGAGCAGGAGCACUGGACCCGGCUUCGGAGGUAUUCCUUGCUUCUCCAAAGAGAGAACUUCAAGAAGUGACUGGGCUGCUGCCCUGGGCUCUCUGAAAAGGUUGGCAGCAGGCAGGAUUUGCCCUGGGAUGCACAUGGUGCGAAGGGCUGCAACUCAGUAGGCCUAAGGGGCCUGGACUUGCAGUCUGGGACCUCUGCAGAGCCAGCAAGGGGAGAGAGCCCUCAGGCAGGCAGAUGUAUCACCCAAAUAAACAGUGACAUUGUUUCCAGACUUCAAAGUUACUACAGUGUGUAACCCUUCUUUCCCACCCAGUCUAGACCCCAGCAGGGCCCAGGCCAUGGUGUCAACCUGAGUCCCAGGCCUUGUGAGGACCACUCGUGUUAUAGGCACAGGAGACACUUUGCUCAAGUGAGCAAGACGCCCAGUCCACCCCAGCUAUUGUGUGGCCCCCUUUUCUCUCCACCCACUUCUUUUCCCUCUCUUUGCUGGCUCAUAAGCUUUAUGGAAUCACUUUGGAGAGGCUGAGGCUCAGAGUGGUUGAGUGACCGCCGGAGGUCACACAGGUAUGAAAGGCAGAAUAGGGGCAGGUGAGGAGGCAGGCAGGAACCAUGCCAUGAUUGCCCCUUGCCUGCUGGCUUGGGAACCCUGGCAGAGUAUUGGGAGCCUGGGGACGCAGGAGGGGGCAGAGAGGUGUCUUUUUCUUCUCUAGAAUCUUCCCUUCUCAGGAAAACUAGGUGGAGGGGUCCCCUGCAGUUCAAGGCCUACUCCUGCCUCUCUGGGGACACCGUGUGGUGCCUUUGAGAACUGCAGGUGGUUAUAGCCUUCCAGUUUUUCCCAUGAUGAACAGCCCAUUAAAGCCAACAGCUUGCAGUGUUUGUGACCACAGCUGUUUUUGUGUCCCCAUCCACCUCCUCCCCUGGGUCACACAUGCUCCUC